UGGCUGGGGUCUAGCGCAGUGGGUUUUCUGAAGGCUGUGCUGCGAGUCGCAUGCCAACGACACUGACCUCGCGAGACCCUAUUAUAAUACUACAAACAUUGACAACCUGCUAUAGUACGAGUGUCUCACUGGUACCAUGUUGUUCAUUUACACGUUAUUAAUCUCCCUAGUGAGUGUCGCGAAGUCAGCGCCGGCCAAUGGCUUCGUAUUCCCCGAUGAAAGGAGGCAACAAAGAAAGUUGGAGCCGAUUAUCACACCGCCAGUUCUACCAGUUUUAGAGCAUUUGGAACGUGACCCCAGCACUUUGUUGCCUGGUGAACGUGGUGCAGUGAAUCAAGUGAAGCCUAGAUUUGGUUUGGGGGGUGGUUUUAAUGUGAAGCCCUCUGGUAAUGGGGGGUUGACUGCGAGUAUCAGCAGCAGUGCUAAUGGUGCCGGUGCUAGUCAUUCUGCUUCGCAAUCCUUUUCGUUUGGAUUCAAUCAAGGAUUCAGUGCUUCACACUCGGCGAGCCAGGCUUCAUCGUUUAAUGGAUUUGGAAAUGGCUUCAGCGGUAGCCAAGCCAGCAGCCAAGCGGCUUCAUUCAACGGUGCAGGUGCGACGGGCGCUGCGUCCUCUGCGUCUGCUCUAGGAGGCUUCAAUGGCUUAUCGGGCAGCCAGAGCGCCUCGUCUGCGUUUGGCUUUAACUCAUUGAAUGGCUUCGAAAAUGACCCGGUGUCAUUCGAAGGUGGUCUCCUGGACGUUAGACACCGUGGCGUGCCCGGUUUUUCGUUCCCUGACCUCGUCAGGAGACAUAAGGCCCUGACUGCUGCCACGUUCAAGUCCUUACCAUUUGACAACAACGAUGACUUCUUAGCUACACUGGUUUCCUUUUAAACAAUGUAGCUACAUAGUAGGUUUAGUACGAUCAUACUUUAGUAAAAUCCAAAGAAAAGCGCUGGACGCUAUAUGCAAAAUAACAAUUAGUUGCAACUCUAAUCCUUUUGUAAGAAUAGUAGAGCUCAAUGAAACAGAGGUCCUCUAAGGAAAUACCGCCAUGCUUAUUUUACUGCCAAUCAACAGUACUAGACUACAAGCCCUUGAACAAAAAUUACCUGUGAAAUUACCCAACGUGAAUAACGCUUACAAGGCUUACUAUAUCAGAAAAUAACUCUGAACACUAUGCCGUUAUUUCUGAGCGGUACAGUGGUGAGUACGCGAAUAAAUGGAAUUCCUCAGGUACAAAUGAUGAAUUACGACUAAUUAUAAUUGUACGGCUUUGUUAUAGUGUUAAAGAUGAUUUAAAAUAAAUGUCGAAAAUCCUAGUGCUGUACUAAAAUGGUGGUGCCAGAAGUCAAAACAAACUUUUAAUUGUCGACAAUUGCAGAAGUAAAACAGGUCAUUUAUUACUGUACGGCAUUUGUGCAAUUCGUUUUGUACACAUAUACAGAUACUUUACCCAAAAACGCCGUACAUUUUUCCACCGCAGGAGUCGAAAUAUAAGGGUCGCAAACCUUACCGUCGCGUACUCAACUGUACCGCUCAGAAAUGGCAGCAUAGUGGUCAUUUCACAUGUAAUUUUUGUUCAAGGGCUUGUAGUCUAUACCAGACAGUACCGUGAUUUGCUGUGAAUGUUGUAAUUACAGACAAAACAUUAUUUAGACACAUGGCACCAUGGUCCACCAUGGUUGAUCAAUCAGUAAACAAGUACCAAUUAGUAAUCAGUAUGGGUAUAUUCAAGUGAAUAGCCGAUCUUCUAGGCAAUGGCGUUCCAUCAUAGGCAUCAUUGCUUACUAUCAUGUAUCAGGCAUGAUUGCAGUCGAGCGUAAUAAUAAAAAAAAUCCAGUUUCACCUUAUUUGCUUACUCUAUCAAUUAGUAUGACAAAGUAAGCUAAUUACGUUACAAUUACAUACCAAUACCAAGAUGAAUCAUGUAAAGUAAGUCCCUACCUCCGUUCAUGUGCACGAAUGCUUAACUUUUAUCUCUACCAAGUUAGCCCGCUUUAAAUAUUCUACACCAGGUGAUAUCGCAGUCAAGAGUUAUCUUUUCAUUGAAUAAAAAAAAAUGUAAAAAUGGCAGUGUAUGAAAGAUGUUCUCAAACUUUUAAGACAAGAGAACACAAAAAAUAAGAGAACACUCAUCAAAUAAUUUUUAUUUUAUGGAAUCUGUAUCAAUUGAUUAUAAAAAAACACUGUAAUUUACAUAAGAUCAAAAACUUGUAUUAGGAAUAUUUUUAAAACUGAAACACUACACUCCUUGAUUGAAUUUUUAAUGUGAGUAACUGUGUAAUUGUUUUUAUUAAUACUUAAAAUUGAAUGCAUAUGCUUCAUACAUUGGUAAAUGUAGUAAUCAGUAUGCAUAUUUCUGGGGUAGAAUCAAAGUAAUAAUUUAAAUAUUUUUGCGGAACCCUAAUACGGUGAUUUUUGUAUUGGACGAAAUUAUUAAUAUUAAAAUAGAAAUUAUUUCUUACACAUGUAAGCAAAAAAUAAUAAAACGUAUUAUGCUGGAUUAUGUCACAUAUUGAUUCACCGGAUACGUCGAUAGCUUCAUAGUUUUUUCGUAAUUAGUCAAUAUGGCUAAUUAUAAGAUAAGCAAGCAAUAACCAAGUUCCAUUAUUAAUAGUUAGCUAGCGAUCGGCAAAUUGCAAAGUUUACUCUAGCUUGCAUUUUUCUAUGCGAAUAUGCUCAGUUUUGAAUCGCAAUACUCGUGUUACCUUCUUGUAUUUAGUAAAAAACACUAAGUACGAACAUAAUGCUCAUUUUAUGUCUAUUUUAUUUAUUUUACCAUUUAACGAUUAGUUUUCUGUAAAUUAAUAGAUUAUGGUCAACAUUUAACGUUAUGGCGUAAUAUACGCUGUAACGAAUCAAUUUAUUAACGAACUUUAACGACUGACGCACUAUUUAUUGAUUAAUAUAGUUUUACUUUAUGAUAUAAUCAAUAUAUUAUUACAAAGUAAGUGUUCUUAUUUUUAUAGUACCCUAAAAGCACUGUCACGAAGUAAAGGUAAUGGGCAGGGCACAUAGUUCUAAGAGCCGAUGGACGUUAUUGUACCAAGGUGCUGGAAUGGCGAUCCCGCACCGAUAAGCGCAGUGUUGGUCGACCUCUAGACCACUAGAUGAACCGCAGACAGCCGCUGGAUGCUAGCGGCCUGAGACCAUGAUGUUUAGAAGUCUAUACAAGAGGCCUAUGUCCAGCAGUGGACUUCCAUCGGCUGAAAAUGAUGAUGAUGAUGAUGAAUGCACUGUCUCCUAUCUGCCUCCUUGAUACAAUGGUUAGCUGAUGUUGCAUCGGAUGUGAGUUCCUGAAUUCGAAGCUAUGGCUUUGAAAUACUGAAGUCACCCUUCUUCCAAAAUAAUCUAACCAGGACAGUUAUAAAGCUGGUAAUGUUUUAACCAUUGUGAUUGGAAAUGUUCUUGUUCUGUCAUUCAUUUAUUUGACCUUUUAUUUUAAUUUUUAAAAAUGUUAAUAAAAUAUAAAUACAAAACACUAUCAAUAAAUUAUAAAGAAAAUAAUCAACUCUCCCGCCGCGGGACAUUUGAGUGCCCAAGCAAUCUUUGGUCAUGAAGGAAGCCUACACCAACGAUAUUUUAUAAUAGAGAUAGGUAGGGUACUAGCGGACAAAUGCCUCAGUUAUGAUGCGUUAGUGCCCUAUCUCUAUUAUAAAAUAUCGUUGGUGCAGGCUCUUUGAUCGUGCAUAUUGUGAUCUAUUCAGGUUUAAGGUCAAGAAACAGUCAGUGGUCCGUUAAAGCAACAAAAACUUCGCAUGCCAGUUAAUAUGAACCUGUUCUCACCAAGUUCACAUCAUAUUGUUGCUUCACACAUAUCCAAAUAUAGUGAUAGCAAUCCACGUUUGCUUGUCAUGUUGUAAGACAGACAAGUUUGAUGUUCUAACCAGACGCAUUGUCAGGUCAGUGCCCGGUCAGAGAUGAAGAAAAAAAUGGCAAGCAAUUAAAUCUCACUGAUUUUUAAAGUGGUGUGAAAUUAUUCAGGGUACUCGGGAGUAUUUUCCAUAACUCUAGGGUUAUAUUCUUUAAGGAAAAUUAAUUAAAAAUGUAUGAGGAACAUGUGUUCUAAAAUGAAUAUUUUCGGAGUAAGCAAAAGAAAUAUUUCUUUUGUAAAUAGAUCCCUUAUAUGGCAUCCUUAUAUUAUGACCUAGUCUAACUUAUCUAUACUAAUAUUCUAAAGCGGAAGAGUUUGUUUGUUUGAUUAAACGCGCUAAUCUCAGAACCUAUUGGUCCGAUUUAAACAAUUCAGUGUUAGAUAGCCCAUAUAUUGCGGAAGGCUAUAGGCCAUAUAUUAUCCCUGUAUUCCUACGGAAACGGGAACCACGUGGGGGAAACCGCACAACGUCAGCUAGUUCAUAGAUAAAUAUGAUGAAGUAGCUUACUAUUGAAGUGCGGAGUGCCAGUUGAUAGUCUUACCACUAAGAUUACGUAUUUUAAAAUGUAAGGAUAAAUAAACACGUGUGUUACAUAGAUAGUCGGAAUUACUUGAAUUACUUUGUAUGAAAACAUACAAAGAUUUUUUUGGCUAAAAAAAUUUGUUAUGCAGUUCGGCUUGUAUAAGUGGACUUUUCAACCUUGAAGAAACAUUCUGCAAAUACUCCGCAACACCCUGUAUAUACAUUAUGCAAUACAAUAAGUAAACAGGUAACAAGUUUUGUCAGUGCUUUAAGGGAAUAUGAUUCGUUGAAGUCAUUUAUAUUUAUAUCAGUAAGUCAGAAAGACUGAGGAAAAUUUCAAUACAUAAGUAGCAGCCUUAGUCCAGUGGAUAUAACCUCUGCACCAGAUUGUGGAGGGCGUAGGUUCGAAUUUGAUCCGGAGCAUGCACCUCCAACUUUCAGUUGUGUGCAUUUUAAGAAAUUAAACAUCACGUGUCUCAAACGGUGAAGGAAAACAUAGUGAGGAAAUUUUCUUAAUUUUCACGCACACGCAGAGAAUUUUCUUAAUUCUCUGCGUGUGUGAAGUCUGCCAAUCCGCAUUGGGCCAGCGUGGUGGACUAUUGGCCUAACCCCUCUCAUUCCGAGAGGAGACUCGAGCUCAGCAGUGAGCCGUAUAUGGGUUGAUAAUGAUGAUGAAUGAUAAAUAGCAGUCUCAAGGCGUGGUAUACGGUGUAUGUUAGCAAAAUAAAAACGAAGUAAGCAGGGUCUUCAUCACAUCAGACGGACAGAUAUGGAGAUGCGGAUAUGUGGAUAAGAAAGACUUCUUCUUUCCAUUUUCCAUAAGUUUUUAAAAACCUCCUAAGGCUUUUUCAAGUUUAUACUUGUAUUAAAACUGUGUUGAAUCUAAAUUGCCAUGUAUAAACAAAAGGCUCUAUGCUUUAGUAUGAAUUUUGCUCGCAUAUAUAAACAAGGCGAGUGAAAACAUCCUACCAUAUUAUAUGAAUUUAUUUAAACAGACACUUCAAUUUUAUUUAUUUGUACUUCUGGAUAAUUCUUACUCACCUGCAUAGAUCUUAAUAUUGUAAAUAGAUAAUAAACAUAACAUUAAUUUAAGAUAAACAUUAAGUUCUUUUAAUUACAGACCGUCACCUAAAUCAUUAACUUCUAAUAAAAUCAUUCAACAUUAACAGUUUGACUUUAAACUUCGUAGGGUUUCGUAGGGUUAAAAAGUUUGUAGGGUGAAUCUCUCUACCGAACUGAAUUUGAAAAUUCUUUUACCACUAAAAAGCCACGUUAUUUUUGACUGUCAAAGGCAUAUUUAUGCCCAUAUUUUCUCACGGGAACGGGAACGGUGUUGACUAGUAUAAAAUACAAAGAUAACGUAACAAAUGACAGCGGCAAGACGAUAAUUAAAUCACUUGACAAUUAUUGAUGACGAUGGUUUCCGCGAACAGCAAAUGAUGGACGUCACAAAAACCCGCUAUUAUAAGAUUCCCAAUACAAUUAUUUACAUUUCCAUACAAUUUCUAUUUCAUUUAAAACAUUCACACGUUGCAAAAGAAACAAUGGUCAAAUCUGACUACGUAAUAAAUGACCGCACAUCGUUCAAGAUCCUGGUAUAAGCGAUUAGUCACGACAGUGUCUGAAUCGAGCUUGUAAUACAAAUGGUCCUUAAGUUGGAACAACUUAAUGUUUAUCCAGAAUCAAUUUUGGUUUUGCGUACCGAAUUGAAUUCAAAACAGCUAUUCGGAAUUUGUCUUUGAUGCGAUGAGGCCGAUACGUAUGAUCCUGAUUUGUGGACGCCUACCAUUAGUAGACAUAAUAUGAGCAAUAUUAGGCUUUUGUUUACCUUUGGAAUUUCUAUAAAUACAGGAAGAAAUUUUUUUUAGUGCGGAUAUUUUUAUAUUUUGUACAUAAACAAAAUUUAAUGAUCACGUAUUUUUUCUUUUUUUUUUAACUCAAAAAUAACAAAAUUAUCGUUAGCUAAAGUUAUUUACUUUUGAACAGAAUUUUAGGGUCACCCUAUUGUGCGUUUAUUUUAUUUUCGUUUGAUACCUAAAGGACGUCACCAGAUCACUUUUAAGCUGAAUAUAUCUUGUUUAGUAAUAAUGUGUGCAUUAUUUUGUUAUUUUAGAGACAUAAAUUAAAAAAAAAAAUUACAUAAAAUGUAUCGAACUGUUUGUAGAUUUAUAUUCUAUUAAUGAUACAGAACCACGAAAAAAAAUAUCCGCACUAAAGACCGAAUCACCCUGUAUAUUGAUUAAACCAACUAUAUGGUACCAUGAUCGUCAAACGUCAGGAAUAAGUUCCAAUUUACCUUCCACGUAUUAAGCCUUGUCCCAAUAUUAAAGAUAAAAAUAUAUAUGUGGAAUAUUAGAUGGAUUAAGUAAACAUAACAUACAAGAUAAUAUUGUGUAGGUACAAACAAUAUAAUAUAAUAUUAUGCCUAACAAAUAUUACAAUACAGUACUAAUAAAGUCAUAAAAUUAAACUUUUCUUUUUAUUUUUUUUAUGUAGUAUACGAAUAUACAAAAAAAACAGUUAUUAUAUGAAAUAACACUAUUGCAUAUUAGUCAUAAUGUAUUCAAAAUAUCUAAAGACAUUGUGAAUAUUUAAGGAAAUAUCAAUUCUACAGGUCAAACUAUAAGGUCCACUUUAGCUUACACACUGACCAACAACAACAUACUAGUACCUAACCAUUGAAGAUAAAAUGGACGCAAUUAAUCGGAUACAAAAAUAAACACUGUAUCAAUUCCGAGGAAAGCGAUACAUUGCCAACAGAUGUUUAUGAAACACAUUAUUUCAAUUCACGGCAAACUGGGUACGAAUAAGUGGAAAUUUAUUCUUGUAUAACACAUAUAGUCGAGAAAACGUAUGUACAGCCAGACAGUCAAGCUUUAUCAGUCGUCCGGUGCUUUCGUGUAUUAUUCAUUAAUAAAUAAAAUGACACGAAAACGAAGCUUGUUUGUGUUUACAACAGUUUUGUGUUAUGUUGCGUGUGUAAAAGUUUUGCCCAUGGACGGCACGGCGGUGACUUUAGCAAGUAGUUUUAAUGUCAAACCCUCUCCUGUUAUACCAAUCGAGUUGACUACAGAAACAGUCGCAGCUGAUUUUAUAGAAGAAUAUUUACCUCCUCCACUAACAACAUUUGAAUUGAAAACGGAGAUACCGGGUCUACAAAAGAUUACAUUGACCCCAGUUGAGCAUAUAACAGUAGAACCUACGCCAAAGUUAGCCGCUAUCAUUGAGUCAGAACCAGGAGUUACUGCUGAAGCAAUUGAUGAUAUAUCACCGACUAGUGUUCCGAAAAUUAGCAUAUUGGAAACGUAUGAUGUACCUGCGAUUAAUCUCCUACCACCCAAGAAACAAUGACAACUCAUUUGGAAAACAUGAUACACUCAGAUGAUGAAGGAAAACUUAAACUACCUCAUAACAAGAUUUGGACAAUGCAUCCUAUAUCAAGUAAGGAGGAUAAUCAGUACAGUUAUUAGUGACUAGCCGGCGACUCGCGGUUUCACCCGUAUUUCUCGUUCCCGUUAGAAUACGGGGACAAAUAGCCUAUGACACUCACAAAUAACGUGGUUUUCUAGUGGUAAUAAUAUUCAAGAGCGGUUCUGUAGAUCCAGAGAUUACCCCCUGUGGCGUAAACUUCAUAGAUGCAAAAAUGUACUGCCUACUCUAAGGAUUUAUUAGGAACCUGUAGUAGAGAAAGAAUUUUUCAUUUUGUAUAAUUUAUACGUAUCAUUAUAAAUACGUAUCAUAAUUGAUGAUUGAUAUUAAUACCCCGACAUAUUCCGAUGGGGUUUCUCUGCGUGAUCGAAUCAGAAAUGAGGAGAUUCGCAGACUAACUAAAGUCACUGACAUAGCUCAGCGAGUCGCGAAGCUGAAGUGUGGGCAGGCCACAUAGUUCGAAGAGCCGAUGGACGUUGGGGUCCCAAGGUGCUGGAAUGGCGACCCCGCACCGGAAAGCGCAGUGUUGGUCGACCCCCCACUAGGUGGACCAAGACAUCAAGCGGGUUGCAGGGAGCCGCUGGAUGCUGGCGGCUCGAGACCGUUUUGUUUGUAAGUCCAUGCAAGAGGCCUAUGUCCAGCAGUGGACGUCUAUCGGCUGACAAUGAAUGAAUGAAUGAAUGAAUAUUCCGACGUUGUAUCACGUGAGUUUAGCUUGUACAUAUGUUUUCUGUGGUUUUAGCCGUGUUCCACAAUAAAUUAAUGUUUACGUAUAAUGCCAUAGAGCCAUGUGCACGCUAUUGAUUACCCCCUACAACACCACAAACUUUACCUCUGUUUAAUACUGUAGAUGAAUUCCAAAAUAUUACCUUUAUCCUUAUAGAUACAUGCAUAUCAUAAACAUAUAGUUAAUAUGCCUUCAAGAAUACUGUAUGAACUUCCCGAAGACUAGUCAAACAACUGUUAAGGACCACUUACAUUAAACGAACGACGCGUACGUACGUAUAAGUGUUUUAUACACAUCUGACAACGAAAUGUUUGUGAAGAUCUUUCAAAGAAACACUUAUUUUUUACUCAGUCACUUUUGAUUAGGUAUAUAAGAGAUUUUACUUAAUUAGUUAUACUAUAGGUACCUAUUUAAAGCAAUGUACUACAACAUUAACAGUUAAAUGAGCAUUUAUACCGAAUCAUUCUUAUCUUAUGAGAAACCAUUUUAGAUUGUAAGCAGAGUUGUCCGAGAUUAUUGUGACACUGUUUGUUUGCAAAUAUUACACAUCUACGCCACUUUUUAAUAGCUGUUACAUAACUAGUAAUGAAUGUAAUAUUUAGUUUGGGUGUAAUUUUGCAACUCAAUUUUCAACCAGACACUCGUAUCUUCAACCUAUCCUAUGUAUAACCUAAUCGAUAAAGUUGAAUGUAUAUUUUACCGUUAAAUUAUAAAAUACGUUAGUUUAUAAUCUCACUUGUGAUAUUAUAAUCUACCGUCAUACCGUCAUUGUGAACUGAAAAUACUCAUUACAAUAUAAUGUGUUAUUUUCGGUAAUCUAUCGGAACAUUUAGUUUUGACAUGACAUGACAAUUCAUGAUUCGCUGUUUGACGCUAUUCUAAAUCCAACAUGGCAGUUUACCGGGGUGGUGGACUAGUUAUUUAAUCGAGAUAGCAGACUACUUAUAUAUAUAGUCCACAAUAUGGGUAUCAAACUAUAGGCUUUCUUACAGGAAAAGUUAAUUUUAUUCUUGUUAGCGCAUUUAAAUACUCGUAAAAGCUUGAUUUUAAGGAAGGUUAUUUUACUUAUAAUUUAUUACUUACAGACAACUUGUUUAAAUAUAUAAUAAAGAUAUCAAAAUGAUGCAACGUUAGCUCAAAACCCAAGUAAUAAAUGAUAUGAUGCAAUGAUAAAUGAUAGAAUGAUAAAUAUAGAAAAUAUAAUUUAUUUAUAAAUAUACAACUCAUGAAAAUGCUAUUUUAUCGUAUUGUUAUGUUCUUACUUGGUUCUUACUCAUGUAUGACGAGACUGUAUAGUUUUAAUGGCGAAUACUUCAAACAAGGUAGAUAUGAUUAUCACAACACUCAUUUUAUUUAUCUGCUUUGGUUGUUUUAUGUUUUAGUAUAAUUUGUAAAUUGUACAUUUUAUAAUUAAUAAAAGUAUUAGCUAUUG